AUGGGCCGGAAAAGUUCCACUCUGUCUUGUACACCAAGGCGUUCUACUCGACCAAUUAGGUCAACUGAUGAAGUCCAAACAGCUCCUGAAAAUAAGAAGUCGGUUAAUCCAACUAAAAAGCCAUGUCACUUGACCACAAUCGAGAAAAGUGCUUCCAGUAACGAAGAUGAACAUGCAUUCGCUUUGAAUAAGCAUAUAAAAAGACGUAGUAAACGAAUUAGUUCAAGAGUAGAAACACAGAAACCAAGUCUUAAAGGAACAUUGGGUUUGGAGAAAGAAAGUAAAUUGUUCGGAGAAGAUAAACAGUUAUUGACAGAUGGCCAUUUUCAAGAUGAGUGUAAUUACAGCGAUUCAAGUGAUUUCGUAUCCCAGUGCUCAAGUGUCGAAAGACCCAAAAGCAAGAAAAAAGGCAAUUUGCGCUUAUUUUCAGAAUUCAAACAUAAGAAUGUGGCUAAAAGACUAAUUAAACCAUCGAAAAACGUUAAUGUAGUUGAGAAUUUUCAAAGUAUUGUAAAUGAUGACUCGGACGACGAAACAGAAUGGGUUGAAGUGGAUGAUGAGCCAACUAAUGAAGUAGAUUUCAUGCAUAACCUUUUGAAUUCCAGUUCAAAUACUGUACCUUGCGAAGAUGGGGGAAAAGAACCUGCAUCACUAACUGUAGCUGUCCCUUUUGAUAGUCUCACUAAAAAACAUACUAAACAAGAUCCGAAACUUCUCGAGUUACUUGCACUAAAACGUAAACUAAAAGAACAUUACUCAUUGAUGCAUUCGGUUCAUGUGUUGUGUUUUCUUGCUCAUAGUCGUGUGAUAAAUCGAACUUGUGACAGUUCCUUAUGUUGGGCUUUAGGUAUUUCACUUUUGGCUAAUACAAACGCAGUGUACAAUCAAAAAACAAAACAGUUUAUCAAAUUAUCAUUGUGGUCAAUUGAACAUGUAGAAGCAUGUCUUGUUUCGUUGUUGUCUUAUCAAGGAAUGCAAUUAUGUACUGAAAAUAAUUCAUGCGAUGAUUAUGAAUACCAACUUGUUCAUCGUCUGUCAGAGUCUAAAUCAACUGAAGGUGAUUGUCUCAUACUACUUGUUGCAGCUCUUCGUUCUCUUGGAUUCGAUGUACGAAUAAUCCUUGGUCUUCAUCCAAUACCUUUAUUACCUAGUGAAACAGCGACCAAAAUUCUUACGUCUACAACUAAAGAAAUUAAAAGUUCCAAUAAAGGAAAACAUAAUCGAAAAAUCAUUUCUUCAGAUGAAGAAAACAUAUUUGAUACUGAUUGCGAUCAUCAUUAUUAUAAUGAGAAUCCAAAAUCCAGCAUUACUCUAUUUGCUGAAGUAUUUCUACCGAAAUUGAAUCGUUGGGUGUGUAUUGAUCCAUCAUCGCCUACAGGCGUUGUGGAUAAAGUGAAUUUCAAACAUGGAUCUUUAUAUGUUAUCGGUGCUUGUUCUGUACGAUCAGCGAGUCCUGAGUUAGUAUCUUACGUUGGUAGAAAUCCUGUUGACCUGUCUCCUCGUUAUGUUCAGGAUUGGUGUGUUUCUGCUCGUACUCAUCGCAUUCCUGCUGAAAAGUGGAGUAGUUUUCUUGAUAUACAAAGUAGAUUUUUUGAUAAAGAUGCCGUUGAAUAUGAUGCUUUAGUUUCUAAGUUAAAUACACUUUCAACUUUUCAAAGAGAUAGAAAAGAUAAGGAUUCUAUUCAAGAAAAGCUUUUAUCUGAACCUCUACCUAAACGUAUGCAAGACUUUAAGAAUCAUCCAUUGUAUGUUCUCCAACGCCAUUUACUUAAAUUUCAAGUUAUUCACCCACCUGAUUCAAUCCCCUUGGGAUAUUUUCGUAAUGAACCGGUUUAUUCUCGUGAUUGUCUCCAUCUUUGUCAUACCAGAGAAUCAUGGUUAAAAGAGGCUAUGACUGUUCGUCUUCAUGAAAAACCUGCAAAAGUUGUUAAAGCUCGUUUAUCAAUGAAACGUAAGUUGUUACAAGGUUCCGAUUCUACACCUCCAACUGUUGAAAUAUUUGGUCCAUGGCAAGUGGAACCGUAUGUACCACCGAAAGCUGAAAAUGGUAUUGUCCCACGUAAUGCGCAUGGAAAUGUUGAUUUGUUUAAACCGUGCAUGCUUCCCAUAGGCUGUGCACACUUAUGUCUUUCUGGUAUUCAGUAUAUUGCUAAAAAACUUGGGAUUGAUUGUGCAGAAGCUGUUGUUGGUUGGACAUUUCAUGGUAGUGGUUGGGCUCAUCCAAAUCUAAAAGGAUAUGUUGUUUGCAAAGAGUCUGUACCAGUUCUUAUUGAUGCAUGGCGUACAGAACAAAUGAAUGCAGCAAAAUUAGAGCAUGAAGAACGAAUAGAACGUGCGCUAAAAAACUGGAAACGAUUAGUUCGUGGACUUUUUAUAUGGCAUCGAGUUAAAGCACAAUUCGCUUUAGCUCCAUUGCAUAAUAAACAGGCUACUAUUGAAAAAUACGAAAAAAACAAAACAGUAAAACAUAAAAAAAUAACUGGCAAAAAAGGCAUUCCAUUGUAUCUUAAAGAAGAGGAAGAGAAAAUUCUUCAAUCUUCAAUCUCUCUAGAUAUCCCAGUCAAAAAUGUUGAAACUGACAAAGGAUGGAUACGUUUAGGUACAGAUGAAAAAGCUCAUUUAUUACCUAAAUUAUUGUCAAUCGCUAAAUCAUGCACUCCCAAACGUUGUAAUCCACCUAGAAAAAAGCGUAAUACAAUUAAAUAUAAAGAAUCUUCAAUGAAUAGGAUCUGA